CAAUGAGAUUCAAGAUAUCUUUACAAGACAAUAAUAUACAUAAACGCUUGGUUGCUUGUGUCGCAUGGAACUUGGCAGAAGAAAUAUAUUCGUGUGGAGAAGAUCAUUUACUAGUGUGUUGGCAUUUAGAAGGUGGUACUGCACAUUCUACUAUUGUGACUGAAUUUCCAAAUGAUUUUUAUCCUACGGAUAUGCAAUGGAAUCCACAUCCUACUUCUGUCGCUAAGAAAUCGUCUUUGGAUGUACUUUUAAUCACUACUGCGGAUGGAAAAUAUCAUCUGGUCAAUAAAAAUGGUCGCAUUGAAAAAAGUGUCAAUGCUCAUAAUGGCGCAACAACAGUAGGAAGAUGGAGUAACGACGGUUCUGCAUUGUUGACUGCUGGUGAGGACGGAUUAAUCAAAAUCUGGUCUCGUAGUGGUAUGCUUCGAUCUACAUUAAUUAAAGCAAAUCUUCCUAUAUUAACAUCAAGCUGGAGUCCUGACUGUUCAACUAUAUUGUACUCCCAAAGUGCAAACUUGAUCUUGCAAUCAUUUAAUUCUAAUUCCAAUUCACAUAAGUGGCAUGCGCAUGAUGGUCUCGUACUUAUAGUGUCCUGGAGUAAAAAUAAUCUCAUACUUUCUGGUGGCGAAGACUGUAGAUAUAAGGUAUGGGACGCCAAUAAUAAUCAGUUAUUAUACAGCAGUGGUAUUGGUGAUUAUCCUGUAACAGCAAUCAGUUGGUGUUCCUCGGGUAACUAUUUUGCUGUUGGAUCUUUCAAUACAAUCAAGCUAUGUGAUAAAAAUGGGUGGCUGCAUUCUAUGGAAAAAGUGAACACCGGAAGCAUUUACAGUAUUGCUUGGUCUAACGAUAGUACACAAGUGGCUAUGGCAUGCGGUAAUGGAAAACUUUUGACUGGACACAUUAUAGACAGGAGAUUGGAAUGGGAUAAUUAUGAAGCCACGUUGAUAAGAAGAAAAGUGAUUGAAGUUAAAGAUGUUGGCAACGAAAUUCAUGAAAUAUUAGAAAUCUCCGAUCGUGUUGUGCACCUCGAAUUUGGCUUUGAUCAUUUAGUCGUUAUUACGCCUGCACAAUGCCACGUUUAUUCUGUGACGAAUUGGAAUACACCGGCAAUAUUUAACUUGAAAAGAAGCAUUAUUUCUGCUGUACUUCUUGUAGAAAAGCAUUUUCUAAUUGUGGAAUUUAAUACUAUGUCAUUGUACAAUUACCAAGGCCGUUUAUUGGGUACUCCAAGAUGGAAAGGAUUUACUGAAGAACCACUAUAUACUCCUUGUUUAUCAUUAUCUGCAGAUACCUUGGUCAUAAGGAAUCAAAGUAAUGAAAAAUUACUGCAUAUUAUGGAGAUAUCUUAUAACAAGCCGAUAGUAGAAAGUCAAUCAUAUUCACAUCUGCAAGGUGUGAUGCAAGUGGCAUUAAGUUAUAUUAGCGUAAAGGAUCGACACGCACAGUUAGCAUUAAUAGAUGUCAACAAAGAUCUGUUUUUAAUUGCAAUAAGGACUACAGGUUUCGAGAGAGUUUGCAAAAUAGCUGCAAUGGCGCAAAAUAUUGUAUGGGCAACUGAUGCAAAUGUAUUAGCUGCAAUGUUAACUACUAAUUUGUCGGUAUGGCUAUGUCCUAAUUGUGUUCAUUAUAGUGACCGCAAAGUGAUACGGCGAACGCGAAUUGAUAAAGAAAGCAGUGAAUUUGGAAAACAGCCCAGCAUUGUCAAUGUUCGUAAUGGUAUGGUCAUGGUAAGACGUGGAGAUGGUGCUAUAGUGGCUACUUCAUUUUAUAAUUUAUUUAAAAAUUUAUAUGAACAUAUAUCAAACAAAAGAUUAAAAGAAGCGCUUUCUAUUUGUCGUAUAGCUCAGAAUGAAAUAUUGUGGACUUGUAUGGCUAUCAUGGCAAUUGAUAAUAAAGAACUUCAUGCUGCGGAAGAAGCUUACGCAGCGAUAGGUAGAUUUGAUACAGUAGAUUAUAUCAAAUACAUUAAGAAUUUGCCUAAUACUACGGAAAGAUAUGCAGAAAUGGCACUACUGGCAGGAGAUUUGUUGGCAGCAGAAGGUAUAUUAUUACAGAGCAGCCUGAUUAAAGAAGCUAUACAUAUUAACCUUGAAGUUUAUAAUUGGAAUAGGGCUUUGGAAUUAGCACUAAGACAUAAAAAGCAACUUGAAGAGGUUUUAAAUGCAAGAGCAAAAUAUUUACGCACUAUUAACAAAAAUGAAACAAAUCAAAGUUUUCUUACACAUGCAGAAAAUAUUUCAAUGCCACAAUUGACGAAUAAAGAAAAUGAAAAGAAGAUUUAUGCUAAAAAUGAUGUUGAAUAAAUUACACUAUUAAAUCACAAAAUGCAACUUUAAGAAUAUA